AUGGCGGAUCGAGUUGGUGACGGUGAUUUCUUGGACGAAAAUAUACAAAAAUUUAACAAUGAAAGGCGAAGCAGUAAGCAGUGGGUUAAACUUAAUGUUGGUGGAACAUAUUUCCUGACUACGAAGACAACAUUAUCUAGAGACCCUAAUUCAUUUUUGUAUCGAUUAGUUCAAGAGGACAGCGAUUUGAUUUCAGACAGGGACGAAACUGGCGCUUACUUAAUAGACAGAGAUCCCACGUAUUUUUCACCAGUCCUCAAUUACCUCCGUCACGGUAAACUGGUUAUUAACAAUGACAUCGCCGAAGAGGGUGUAUUGGAAGAAGCAGAGUUUUAUAAUAUUACGGAACUUAUAAGAUUAGUAAAAGAAAGAAUAUGUUUAAGAGAAAGGAGACCCUUGAAAGAUUCUAAAAAGCAUGUGUAUAGAGUGCUACAGUUUCAUGAAGAAGAAUUGACACAAAUGGUGUCCACAAUGUCUGAUGGCUGGAAGUUCGAACAGCUAAUAAACAUUGGCUCCCAGUAUAAUUAUGGCAAUGAUGAACAUGCUGAGUUCCUUUGUGUUGUAAGCCGAGAAUGUGGCAGUUCUCUGAACAGCAAUGACAUAGAACCUACAGACCGUGCUAAGGUGCUCCAACAAAAAGGCUCACGGAUGUGA